UAGAAUUUUGAUAGCACUUCACAAUGAGUUUUAAAAACAAAGUAGUGAUUGUGACUGGAGCAAGUUCAGGCAUCGGCGCGGCCACAGCCAUAGCCUUCGCGAAGGAAGGCGCGAACGUAGUCCUCGUGGGGAGAAAUGAAACCAAACUAGCAAAAACUGAAGCGAAAUGCGCAGAAAAUGGGAAACAAGAGGGGACUCUUGUCAUCAAAGCAGACGUGUCCAAAUCCAACGACGCGAAGAGGAUUAUUUAUGAAACUAUCGGAAAAUUUGAUAAAUUAGAUAUACUUGUGAAUAAUGCAGGAAUAGUUGGAAUUACAACAGUUAUGGAUGAUAACACAAUGGAGGAGUUUGAUAGAAUCAUGAACACUAAUUUGCGCGCUGUGGUACACCUUACUAACCUGGCGGCGUCGUAUUUAAUUAAGACUAAGGGCAAUAUCGUCAACAUUUCUAGUGUGGCUGGUCAGGUAGUUUUAGAAGGUGCUUCAGCAUACAUGACUUCGAAAGCAGGACUAGACCACUACAGCCGUGGAGCUGCUAAAGAAUUUGCAAAAUUUGGCGUACGAGUAAACGUAAUUAGUCCUGGACCUGUAAUUACUGAUAUUUUGGAAACAUUGCCAGUAGAUUUGCCAGCACAGGCAAUGAGACCAACGCCGCUUAAUAGAAUCAGCGAUGCUGAAGAGAUUGCUAAUUUAGUUUUGUACCUGUCCAGUGAUAAAGCGAUCGGUAUUACGGGUUCAAUUUUUGUAACUGAUAAUGGAAUGUUGCUAAAUUGAGCAAAAACAAUAUACCUAUAUUUUUGGAAAAA